AUGGAUUCGAUCACUGGCUCGCAAUUCCUCUCCAAUCUGUCACAGUGCUCGUCGCCGCGGCUCGAGUCGGACCAGAUGUCCAUCAAGUCCGAGGACGAGAACGGCGCCGCCACAAAGGUGAAGCUCAUGUGUAGCUAUGGCGGCCGGAUCAUGAUGCGCCCACACGACUCCCAGCUCCGCUACAUCGGCGGCGACACCCGGAUCCUCGUCGUCCCCCGGACGAUCUCCUACGCGGAUUUCUGUGUCAAGCUCGCAAAGAUCUGUGGAGGCCGCAGCGUCCUCCCCAAGUACAAGCUCCCUUACGAGGAUUUCGACGCGCUCGUCUCGGUCAUCGGCGACGACGAUCUGGAGGCGAUGCUGGAAGAAUACGAGCGCCUGGAUGCCAAAGAGGCCCCUUCCAAGCUCCGCCUCUUCCUCUUCCCAAAGAUCCCUACUGCCGCCGCCAUCGCCGGCCAGAUCCCCACGUCGUCGCUGAGGUUUGAUUCCAGGAACGAGCAGAGCUUCCUCGACGUGCUCAACAACACGAUCCAGCAGACCGAGCAGCCCGACCAGCAGCAAGUAGUAUCAGACGUGCCGGAUUUCCUCUUCGGCCUCGAAGUGCCUGGAUCGAUCUCGAUGCAAGAGGUGAUCGCCGCCGCCGAUGGCCCCGGCUCGGCAGUGGCAAAGAAGAUCAUGGAAGCCGAUUCCGCGAUGCAAUCCGAGCUCACCCCGAUCUGUACAAAUCCAAGAAAGAUCGACAGCAAUCCUCCACAGCCUCGGCAGUACGAUCCCCCUGCUGCUGCCGACGCCGCCGGUCCAAAACCUAGGCCAGUUUCGCCAUUCCUAGCUCCUUCAACCGCGAUCUCUUCAGCCGAUCCCAUCUACACCCCACAGAUCCAGCAAGCCAGGGCGCCACCGAUCCAGCAGCAGCUACCGAUCGGGCAAAGCCCCAAUCCCCAAAAUAUUUCCUCGCAACAGCAAAUUUUGCCGCCCAGGGGCCCCAAGAAGGACAAGAACAGCUCGCCCAAGAAGCUCGAACCCAAGACCGGCCCCAGGCUACCGCCAGAGGAUUCGAAACUCUCCCAUGUCGACAAGCAAUCCAACGCUGCCACCGCUAUGGACGCUCCCUCGUCCGCGUCAUCGCCAGGUGUGGAAGGAAUGGAGGCCCUCAAGCUCGUCGAGGCGGUCGCGGCAGCCAUAGCCGAGAAGAGCGAUGCUGACGAGGACAGCAAGGCCGUUGGCCACGACAGCCCUAAGUCCAGUUCACAGGACAACACGUUACCGAUGAAGGGCAGCCUCAAUCUCAAGGAGAUGAGCCUCAAUGUGUUUAUGGAGCAGCAAAAGAUGGAUGCCCAAGCUCAAGAACAGCAGCAGCAGCAGCAGCAGAGGAGGAUGCAAAUGCAGCAGGAAUUGGAGCAGCAAGAGAAGCUGGCCAGGAUGAACGAGUCCAUGAAACUACAGCAAGCAAUUGCUUUCCAGCAGCAGCAGCAGCAGCCAGAGCACAAGAUUGCCCCCGCAAGGCAGGAAUUUCAGCAACAGAUGCUUCAGCAGCAGAACUUCAUACACCAUCACCAACAGCAGCCUCAGGUUGUCUACUACAACCAGCAACAGCAGCCCUACAUCAUUGAGAACAACAUGGUUUACUUCCUCACAGACCAGCAGCAGCAGGCAAUGCACUACAUCCAACGGCCAGUGCACGUAAACCAGCAGCAGGCUCCCAUCCAGAUUCAACGGGGAGGAUCAGACCCUCUGAGGCAGCAGCCGCAGCAGCAGCAGCAGCAAGUCAUGCAGAGGCAGCUCAGCGCCGCGUAUGUCGAUCAAAUGAAGCAGCAGCAGCAGCAGCAAAUCCCCAGGAUGAUGUUUCCAGCAGUGAACAGUUCUUCUCCUGCCCAGGCACCUAUUCCUGUCUCUACGAUUCCUCUGCCGGUUUCAAUUCCUAUUCCACAACAGUUCGCUCCCGGUCUUGAGAUCAGGGCAGCACAGCAGCAACAGCAGGGAUUUGUGAGGCCCAUUGAUCAGGCUGGGAUGGUUCUUGUGUCGCAACAGCCGCAGAUGCCGUACACUCCUGCGCCAUAG